CUAGGAAGGUGUCACCGGAGCUGCAAAACGCGACUAUGGCGGCCGAAGUAGCUGAGAAGAAGCCUACAUUCUUCGUCGCCGUCCACGUCGGCGCUGGAUACCACGCGCCGUCCAAUGAGAAAGCACUCCGAUUCGCCAUGAAACGCGCAUGCCUCGCCGCCGCUUCCGUUUUGCGAAAGGGCCCUGGUGGAUGUAUAGAUGCUGUUACGGCAGCAGUGCAAGUGUUAGAGGAUGAUCCACAUACUAAUGCUGGACGAGGUUCAAAUUUGACUGAGGAUGGUCAUGUGGAGUGUGAUGCAAGUAUCAUGGAUGGUGAUUCUGGAGCAUUUGGUGCUGUGGGUGCAGUGCCAGGUGUUAGAAAUGCCAUCCAAAUUGCUGCAUUAUUAGCUAAGGAGCAGAUCUGUGGUUCAACUCUGCUAGGACGUAUACCCCCCAUGUUUUUGGUUGGUGAAGGGGCUCGAGCAUGGGCAAAAUCCAAAGCUGUUGCUUUACCAGAAACAAUAGCAGAAGCUGAUGAGUGGCUUGUGACAGAGAGGACCAGAAACCUCUGGAAAAAAUAUAAAGGAAUGCUUGAUGGAGCCAAAGCUGUUAAUGAUGUUUCUUCUGCAACAGCCAAUUCUGUGAAAACGUGUGCAGUAUCAGCUCAAAUGUGUGACAAAUCAAAUGGAAGCAGAGAUGUUGACCAGUCUUCCUCGCAAAAUGCCCUAGAUGAGAACUGCAUUAGUGACACUAUCGGAGUUAUUUGUGUUGACUCAGAAGGGCACAUGGCAUGUGGGGCUUCAAGUGGCGGUAUUGCCCUGAAGGUCAGUGGACGUGUUGGUUUAGCAGCAAUGUAUGGUUCUGGUUGUUGGGCAUCCUCAAAGGGACCGUUUGGAGCUCCUUUUAUAGUUGGUUGCUGUGUUAGCGGUGCUGGAGAGCACUUAAUGAGAGGAUUUGCUGCUCGGGAAUGUUGUGUAUCAUUAUCAAUAUCGCAAGCUGCACCAGCAUCUGCCUGCUCAAAAGUUCUACGUUCUGUCAAUCAAGAAAGCAGUAAAUAUAGCACUGAAAAAAGUGCUGGAAUUUUAGUAGUUCAAGCUGAGGCUCCUCGAACGGAUGCUACUGGAAACUCACCAUUUCUGCAAGCCGUUGAGAUCGCAGCUGCUUUUUCUUCCUUGUCUUUUGGAAUUGGGUAUGUUGGAAGCUCAAUGGAGAAACCUAAGGUUUCUAUCCUUAGAAGUACAAGCAAGCAGAGCAAAACUGGGGUAGAUGAGUUUGCAGCUCGAAUUAAACUUGUAGCGUAAAAAUGUGCAGGUGAAUUGCUGUUUAGGUUUGCUUAUUACAGAACUAUAGCCCAGUUCCAAAUUGUACUCGAACAAUAUUUUAUAUCUUUUAAAGACAUUUGUUAUAAUUAAUUUAUUACGUUUUGACUUA